CGCUCCCCGCUGCGGCGCCGCCCGCUCGGCCCCGCUCCGCCGGGGGCCCGGCCGGCCGCGGAGAUGGGCGACAUGGAGUCCUACAAGGUGAUGCUGAACGGGCCAGCGCCCUGGGGCUUCAGGCUGCAGGGAGGGAAGGAUUUCAGCAUGCCACUCUCCAUCUCCAGGCUGACGCCGGGCGGGAAGGCGGCCCAGGCCGGCGUGGGAGUGGGUGACUGGGUGCUGUACAUCGACGGGGAGAGCACCAGCUCCAUGACGCACAUCGAGGCCCAGAACAGGAUCCGUGCCUGCGGGGACAGGCUCUGCCUCACCCUGAGCAGAGCCCAGAACCACCUGGGGAAGCCGCAGAAGGACUCACUCCCCUGCUCUGAACCCCUGAAAUAUAACUUCGCUCCCAGCACCACCCUCAACAAAACAGCUCGGCCCUUCGGGGCCGGCUCGCCUCCGAACCCACGGCCCGGGCUGGUGAUGAAACCCGUGACGUACGUGCCCCUGGUGCCCGCCUGCACCCCCCAGCACAAUGGGUGCUGAGCCUUGACAAGUCAGUAAGCCUUUUGUCUGCUCUCUCUAUCCUCCCUGCAUGCCUCUUCCCUGCUAGUGCCCCGUUCUCCGGGGCAGGGCCAGCCUGGGGACAGGCAGCACGCGCUGCUCUGCCCAUGUGGGUGGGUCAC